ACAAAAGCCAAAUGCAGAAUUAAUAAGAGCUCAGAAGACCAACACCAAACAUAGAAAAAGAGUUGCAUUAACACCUAUUGAACAGCAACUUGAACAACAGAUGAAUAUACAACAAAGAUGUUUAGCAAAAAGAAACUGUCCAAUUUCACUUUUAUGUUAUAGCCACAAGGCACUUUAUUUUAUUAAAGAUUUUCUUCUUGAAGCAAAUAUUGGAAAAAUAGAUGUUAAAUAUCAUUGCUGUGAUAUGCUUUAUUUUCAAAAAGAAUGGACUGCUAAAGACUAG